AUCCAGCCUCUGACUGUAACACGGCUCCGAGCCCUCUCUGCUCUCCCCCGUAGUGUAUUUUUCAACCCUGCCUCGGCUGCUUCCCUCCCCCUGUUCCGCCGCCAUUAAAGCCCGUCAACCUGGGAUUUGGUCGGGAUUAAAAUGAUUUGAAGCGUCGGAACCAGCCAAACAGGAACGGGACUUUUUUGGGGGGGAGGGAGGGAGGGGGAUCUUGUUCAGUGGACCUUACACUCACUGCCAGUUCAACGGCAACCUCCCCCAGAAAGAAGUCAAUAUGCGGUAAGUGUCGUGCAAAAGCGAGCAAAGACCCAAUUCGGACCGGGGGAGGAGAGGGCUUCUCCGUCCGGGAAGGGGGUGGUGGAAGCGAGCAGCGGGAGACCGAGGAGUAUGAACACAGCAAAGCAGAGCGUACCGCGCGCUGUGUGACCUCCUUGAGAGUCGGGCUGCCAGUCCCGCUGAACGGCUGGAAGCCUCCCUCGGCGGCGGCGGCGCGACGAUGACAGAGCUGGUUGCCAAGUGGGCCUGUGAAUACUGCACAUACGAGAACUGGCCGUCAGCCAUCAAGUGCACCAUGUGCCGCGCUCAGAGGCCCAGCGGGGGUGCCAUCAUCACCGAGGAGCCCUUUAAGAGCAGCCCUGCCCUGGACGCCAGCCUGCAUCGGUGGGACGCCGCCGACCUCGGCAACGCGCCGUCUCAGGGGGGGUCCAGCCUGCUGAUUUGCCCGGACUCCAGCGCCAGGCCCCGCGUGCGCGUCGCCGACGCUCCCGAGCCGAGCAGCAAGUGGUCGUGUCACAUGUGCACCUACCUGAACUGGCCUCGGGCCAUCCGCUGCACCCAGUGCUUGUGUCAGAGGCAGCAGGCUCAGCAGCAGCAGCAGCAGCAGCAGCAUGGGCACCAUGCAACUCAUCAAAGACAUCACACGCAGCAGCCGCGAAGCCCCACGGAGUCGCCGCAGACCUCCGGCUCCAGGUGCCACCCGGCCGCCCCGACCGCCGCCACCGACCCCUGUGAGGAGUACAAUGACCGCAACCGGCUCAACACCCACACGCAGCACUGGACCUGCGCGGCGUGCACGUACGAGAACUGGGCCAAGGCACUCAAAUGCGUCGUGUGCGACCACCCCAGGCCCAACAGCCAGCUCGCCGAGCCCAUCGAGCUGGCGUCCGAGCCCGAGAGCAAGCAGCCGGCCGCCAAGCCGAACGAGCGGGACCGGGACAACCGGCGGGGCGUGGCGGGGCAGGGGACGGGCGGCGGGCCGGGGGGGCCGGUGGGCUGCAGCGGCGGCCAGAGGAGGUCGCCGCCGUCCGAAAAACGGGAGCCCGAGGUGAACAUGGACUUUCAGAGGAUUGAGCUGGCGUCGGGAGCCGGGAUCGGCAGCAAAGAGGAGCUGGAGGUGGAUUUCAAAAAACUGAAGCAGAUCAAGAACAGGAUGAGGAGGACGGAUUGGCUCUUCCUCAACGCGUGUGUCGAUAUCGAGGACUUGCCUCCUGCGGUUCAGGAGAAGCUCUUUGAUGAGGUGCUGGACCGAGACGUACAAAAAGAACUCGAGGAAGAGUCUCCGAUCAUCAACUGGUCUCUGGAGCUCGGCACGAGACUGGACAGUCGGCUUUACGCGCUCUGGAACCGCACGGCCGGCGACUGCCUGCUCGACUCUGUGCUGCAGGCCACGUGGGGCAUCUACGACAAGGACUCUGUGCUCCGCAAGACUCUCCACGACAGUUUACACGACUGCUCACACUGGUUUUACAGCCGCUGGAAGGAGUGGGAGUCGUGGUAUUCCCAGAGUUUCGGCUUGCACUUCUCCCUCCGAGAGGAGCAGUGGCAGGAGGACUGGGCUUUCAUCCUGUCCCUCGCCAGCCAGCCAGGAUCCAGCCUGGAGCAGACCCACAUUUUUGUUCUUGCACACAUACUUCGUAGGCCCAUCAUCGUCUACGGAGUGAAGUAUUACAAAAGUUUCCGUGGCGAAACGCUCGGGUACACUCGUUUUCAAGGUGUGUACUUGCCCCUUUUGUGGGAGCAGAGUUUCUGCUGGAAGAGCCCCAUCGCUCUGGGCUACACGCGAGGCCACUUCUCAGCACUGGUAGCCAUGGAGAACGACGGCUUCGACAAUCGCGGCGCAGGCGCCAACCUCAACACAGACGAUGACGAGACGGUCACGUUCCUGCCGCUGGUCGACAGUGAGAGGAAGCUGCUUCACAUCCACUUCCUCUCGGCACAAGAAAUGGGAAAUGAAGAGCAACAGGAGAAGCUCCUCCGAGAGUGGUUGGACUGCUGCGUGACAGAAGGCGGCGUUCUGGUGGCUCUGCAGAAAAGCUCCCGCCGCCGCAACCAUCCGCUCGUCACUCAGAUGGUGGAGAAGUGGCUGGACGGCUACAGGCAGAUCCGGCCCUGCGCCUCUCUGUCGGACGGCGAGGAGGAGGAGGACGACGACGAUGAGUGACUAAACCGAAGCGGAGGGAGCGGGUCUGCAGGAGGCAGGACCUUUCCACCCUCCAUUUUUUUUUAAACCAUUUUUUUUUGUGUUUGUUUUAUUUUUAUUUUCCUUUCUUGACACGGGCAAACUGUGAACGCCUCCAGCAGAGGACAGGGAACCACAACCCCCCUCAUUCCCACCUCCCCCCGCCUCCAAAGCUAACAGAAGACACGGCUGCUCUUCUGCUCCACACAGCCGCUCGGACGGAUUCUCACAAAAACCUUUGAGCUCUUUAAUGACACCAACUCCAGACUGACAAAACGGUGGAGAAUAGUGGUUCAGGAAUGCAGACGACCCUUUGAUUUGUCCUGUUCCAAAUAUAAAGGAAAAUAAAUAAAAAAAUAAAAACCUCAUCUUUAUCCAUAGAUGUAAAUGCAUGUGGUUGUUCAAGAAAAAAAAAAGUUAAAGGAAAUAUACCAGCAUUUAUUUAAUGUAACACUUUAUAACUAUUCAGCGUGGGCACUGACAGAAGCACACUUCCAACCUGACGUUUUCAUUGUGUUUUCCACUUGUACAGAAGUUUGGCUUAUUAAGCUUUUUUUUUUUUUUUUCUGUGUGUAUGUGUUUGAACAGACGAGGACAAAGCCAAUAAAUAUAAUCUUCAGAAAACCAGAGAUUAUGUCAUAAUAACAACUUAUUAUAUUCUUAUUAUAAGCAAUGCACCUUUAUGGAAACAUUUCUAAUUAAACUGCAGCAUCAUUGCUUGAAAUACGAUCCUUUAUGAAGGGAGAUUUGCCCUCUAAGGUUUUUAGCACAUUAACCUACGUUUUUUUUUUUUUUUUGGAUAUUUGGUUUACUUUUUACAGACUGAUUGAACUGAGAAGUUGUGCGUGUUUGAAUUUAUUCUACAUAUUUAUUGUUUGGAGACUUGUUUGAGCUAAUAAGAGCUUUAUGUAUAUUUUUCUCCCUUUUUUAUUUGUGAAUUUUGUUGAUUAUUCUCUCAAUCUCGAUGAAGACACUUUUGCACAGAAACACUGUUGCUGUAAAGGAGAGAACCAAUCUCGACUGUGGGAAGUUUACUUACAUCGUUGCAUGGGAUUUAGUACCUCAUCUGAAUGCCUAAAACCUGGUGCUUUUCGUUGUUGUUGUUGUUGUUUUGUUUCUGGCAGAUGAGACACGUUCAGUGUUAAAACUUACGCUCAUCCCCCGAUCCCUCCGAGGAUCGCCUGUCCGGCUCCCAUAUGAUGGUACAUGUCAGUUCACCUCUGUAAAGUCUGUUCCCGACCCGUUCUGUUUCUACAGUUUGUUGUGAGAGAUUGCAACAUCUACAACCAAAGCUGACAUAAAAAAAAAAGAGAUUUAAAAAAAGUUAAUUUUUGCUGUGAAUGUUUGCAUUAUUUCUCCCCCCUCCCCCCCCCUUCUUUCACCGUUGCGUACUGUAACCUCUUUCGUGUUUCAUUCAUGUCAUGUCAUACCUGUUUUGAUCGUCACCUGUGUGUUGCUUUGUAUUUAUACAAUAGUUGAAGUUGUAACUAUGACGGUUUGUGGAUUUAGGCCUGACUUCACUAAGCGGCGUGUAAUGCAAAGAAAAGCUAAAAUAUGGAGGGGGAAAAAAGCAAAUAAAACCCUUUUGAAUGUCAA